AUGCCUUGCCCAUCGAGAUCAGAUGAAUUGGUUUUCUUUGUGAAUGGGUGGAAGGUGAUCGAGAGGAAUGUGGACCCAAAAGUCACCCUGCUGACCUUCUUACAAAAGAACUGGACCCUUUUGAUCCAAGUCUUGGCCGUGAAGUACGCCUGCAGAAGAGGAGGCUGUGGUGCCUGCACUGUGAUGGUGUCUAAGCGAGACCCCACGUCCCAGGAGAUAAGACACUUCUCUGUCACCGUGCGCCUGGUGCCCAUCUGCUCUCUGUGUGGGGCUGCUGUCACCACUGUGAAAGGUGUUGGAAGCAUCAAAAUGAGGCUUCACCCCGUGCAGGAGAGGACUGCCGAGAGCCAUGGCACCCGGUGCAGGAUCUGCAGCCCAGGGAUGGUGAUGUCCAUGUACACGCUGCCCAGGAGCCACCCGCAGCCUUCAGAGGAGCAGCUGCCGGCAGCCCUGGGGGGUAAUCUAUGCCACUGCACUGGGUAUCGGCCAAUUCUUGCAAGUGGAGGGACCUUUUGUUUGGAGUCAAAUGGUUGUCAACAGAAAGGAACAGGAAAAUGCUGCCUGGAUCGGGGAGAAAAUGAUUCUUCCUCGCUGGACAGGAAAAGUGACAUUUGCAUGGAGCUAUUUGCAAAAGAGGAGUUCCAGCCCUUAGACCUUACCCAGGAACUCAUAUUUCCCCCAGAGCUCUUGAGAAUGGCAAAGAACCCAGAAAAACGAACCCUGGCCUUUCAUGGAAAGAGCGUCACCUGGAUCUCCCCUGGGACCCUCAAGGACCUCCUGGAGCUGAAAGCAAAACACCUGGAAGGCCCUCUCAUCCUGGGCAACACCUCGCUGGGACCUGCAUUGAAAUCUCAAGGACAUUUUCACCCAGUUCUCCUCUCUCCUGCUAGGAUUUCUGAGCUGAUUAUGGUGUCUAAAACAAGUGAUGGACUGACAAUAGGUGCUGCCUGUCUUCUGGCCCAGGUCAAGGACAUCUUGGCUGAGAGGGUAUCUGAGUUCCGGGAGAAGACCCAGACAUACCAAGCAUUCCUGAAGCACCUGAAGAGCCUGGCGGGCAGGCAGAUCUGGAACGUGGCCUCCUUAGGGGGACACAGUAUAAGCCAGCAUCGCUAUUCAGAUCUGAAUCCAUUUCUGGCUGUGGGCAACACUAACCUCAAUCUGAUUUCAGAAGGGAAGCUACCCCAGAACACUCUGGACAGCACCUGAAAAAUUCCUCUAAGCGAACAUUUUCUUGCUGGGCUGGCGAGUGCAGACCUGGAGCCGGAGGGAAUUGCGGAGUCUGCGUAUAUUCCCCACUCUCAAAAGUGGGAAUCUGUGUCAGCCUUCCGACAGGCUCAGUGCCAGCAAAAUGCCUUGGCCCAUGUGAAUGCUGGCAGGCAAGUCCUCUUCAGGGAGGGCACAGACACCGUCGAGGACCUGAGCAUCGCCUACAGAGGGGUCGGGGCUGCCACAGUCAGUGCACAGAAAUCCUGCCAGCAGCUCCUGGGGAGGCGCUGGGGUGAGUUGAUGCUGGAUGAGGCCUGCAGGCUGCUCCUGGAUGAACUCUCCCUCCCAGGCUGGGCUCCAGGUGGGAGGGCGGCAUUCGAGAGGACUCUGGUGGUCAGCUUCUUCUUCAAAUUCUACCUACAAGUUCUGCAGGAACAGAAGAAGCUAGUAGAACUGUUCUCUAACAGACGCCGUUAUCCUGAAAUUUCAGACCGAUUCCUAAGUGCUCUAGAAGACUUCCCGGUCACAGUACCCCAGGGAGUCCAAAGGUACCAGAGUGUGGAUUCUCACCAAUCCCUCCAAGAUCCAGUCGGAUGCCCCAUCAUGCACCUACCAGGCCUUAAACAUGGCACAGAUGAAGCCAUAUUUUGUGAUGAGAUCCCCAUGGUGGAUAAAGAACUUUCAAUGGCUUUGGUGACCAGUACCAAAGCCCAUGCAAAAAUCAUAUCAAUUGAUUUGUCCGAGGCCCUUGAACUACCAGGGGUGGUUGAUGUGAUAAGAGCGGAGGACAUUCCAGGCACCAGUGGUACCGAAAAUGACAAAUUGUUGGCCGUGGAUAAGGUACUCCGCGUGGGCCAGAUCAUCUGUGCUGUGGUUGCAGAGACAGAUGUACAGGCAAAGCACGAAAAGAUAAAGGUAACCUGUGAAGAACUGGAGCCCAUAAUCUUCACCAUUGAGGAUGCCAUAAAACACAACUCAUUCCUGUGCCCUGAAAAAAAACUUGAACAAGGAAACAUUGAGGAGGCAUUUGAAAAAGUCGAUCAAAUUGUUGAAGGAGAAAUCCGUGUUGGAGGACAGGAACAGGUUUACAUGGAAACACAGCUAGUGCUUGUUAUUCCAAAGACAGAGGACAAAGAACUGGACAUUUAUGUGUCAACACAGGAUCCAGCCCACGUGCAGAAAACAGUGUCCUCUACUUUAAAUCCCAUCAACAGAAUCACCUGUCAUGUAAAACGAGUGGGUGGAGGUUUAGGCGGGAAGGUAGGAGGACCAGCUGUAUCAGCUAUUGCAGCUGUGGGCACUAUCAGAACUGGUCACCCCAUUCGUCUUGUUCUUGAUUGUGAAGAUGAUAUGUUAAUAACUGAGAGAAGACACCCAUUAUUUGGAAAAUAUAAAGUGGGAUUCAUGAACAACGGGCGAAUCAAAGCUCUAGACAUUGAGUGCUUCAUUAAUGGAGGGUGCACACUGGAUGACUCGGAGCAGGUAGUAGAAUUUCUUAUACUGAAGCUGAAAAAUGCAUAUAAAAUCCCCAACCUCAGGUUCCAGGGCCAUGCGUGCCUGACAAAUUUACCAUCUGACGUGGCCUUUCACGGAUUUGGCUUCCCACAAGGAACCCUGGUAACAGAAUCUUGCAUCACAGCUGUGGCAGCCAAAUGUGGCCUUCCGCCAGAAGAGAUUAGGGAGAAAAACAUGUACAGAACAGUUGAUAAAACCAUCUACAAACAGGCAUUCAACCCUGAAACCCUGAUAAGAUGUUGGAAUGAAUGUCUGGAAAAGUCUUCCUUUCACAACAGAAGAAUGCAAUAAGAAGAAUUCAAUAAGAAGAAUUACUGGAAGAAGAGAGGCAUUGCUAUAAUCCCCAUGAAGUUUUAAGUCGGAUUUGCUGCAACAAGAUAUCAUCAGGUAAGUCUUGUAUUUCAUAUCUACACCGAUGGGUCCGUAUUGGUCACACAUGAUGUCAACGAACUGGGACAAGGUAUUCACACCAAAAUGCUACAGAUACUCCUGGAGCUUGGCCCAGGUUUAUGGACAGAGAUGGUUCUUAGUGAAAACACCAUUGAUGUGCCCCCAGAGCACUGUGUGGCCAGCCGUGAAUUAAAAAUACCCAUGUCAUACAUGCACAUCUGUGAAACAAGUACAGCCAUGGAACCUAAUACAAUCGCUACAGCAGCAUCCAUUGGCUCAGAUGUCAAUGGCAGAGGCGUACAGAAUGCUUGUCAGAUUCUUCUGAAACACCUUGAGCCCAUCAUUAAGAAAAAUCCAGAAGGUACCUGCAAAGACUGGGUAAAAACUGCUUUUGAACAAAUAAUCAGUCUUUCAGCCACUGGAUACUCCAGGGGCUACAAGGCCCUCAUGGACCGGGAGAAAGGAAAAGGAGACCCUUUUUCCUACUAUGUCUAUGGAGUAACCUGUUCCAAGAUUGAAAGUGACUGCCUGACAGGAGCUCACAAGAAAAUCAGAACAGACAUCGUCAUGGAUGCAUGUUGCAGUCAAAAUCCGGCCACUGAUAUUCGGCAAAUUGAAGGUUUAUUUAUUCAGGGAAUGGGCCUUUAUACCACUGAAGAGGUGAAAUACUCCCCAGAAGGUGUCCUGUACUCUCGAGGUCCAGAUGAGUACAGAAUUCCAACCAUCAGCGAUGUCCCAGAGGAGCUUAAUGUCUCCACGUUGCCAUCAUCGCAAACCCCGCUAACCAUCUAUUCAUCCAAGGUUUCCAAUCUGUGCACUUUCCCCCAGUAUGAGACACUACACCCAGGAAAGAUCCUUCCUGGCAUUGACGAACAAAAAGCCAUUGAAACUGGAAAACCUGACUCUUGA